UGUAAUACUUCUAUUUUGUUUGUUCACUUUAACCGACACCCUUAUCAGUUUUUAUCCCUGAAUGGACUUUGUACUACAAAAAAUUCUGAAGCACAGGCACUCUGCAUAAAUUAUGAAUACACAUAAUGCCGGCUGUAUAGUCGUAACAGGAUUGAUCAGUGAACGUUGGUUGUGAUACCGAUACCGGUACAUCACAGUCAUCUGGAUGGCAAGUGUUGAUACACCGUGUUUAUUUACAUGGCCGCUGCUGUUGAUACUCCUAGUCCGUAUUUGGCCAUUUGUAUGAUACAUAGAGGAAGCCGACUGUAUCAAAAUAUCAUGGUUAUUAUUCAGCGGAAGAAGAGGCCAUUCCCACGCUGCACAAAGACAAUUCGAUGCUGAUUUACCAAUAGGCCUACGCCUACACUGCUAGUUUCAUAGGGUUUUCUGAUUUCAGAAGUUUUGGAAGUACACGGACGCCUCUUUGAUUAAAUUUACCAAUUCUUGGACUACCGUGAGCAUCCCGUGUUGCGGCGUUUGGAGACGGAUAUUAAAAGGAAGACCAAGUGACUUUCACGGACAAAUAUCUGGACUCCUUUGUCACGAAUUGAGCAGCGUAUCUUCUUUGUAUCUUCUAUGUGCUUGCAGUUCAUACAGACCAAGCAAAGUUUCAUUUAUUGAAACGUCCAAGCCAGCAAUUGUUUCAUUUAUUGAAACGUCCGAAAUCUGCAUUGUGGAGCUACAGUGACAUUAAAACUACAAUGUAGUUAAAACGUUGCGGUGAUAUCAAUGGAGGCCUUUAACUGGAAAGAUUCUUAAAAAUUAUUUCGCGCCUUGAAAUUAAGAUGUUCGAAAAAUCUCCCUUGUAUAAGAGAAACGAGAAAUUGUUGGACUUCAAGUUACACGCUGCUGACAAACAUUGAAUUCACACCUUAAAGGUAUUGGCUUCAAAUAUUGUUUGCUAAAUUGUCUUGGAAGGUCAUUAGCCAGUAAUUAUGCUCUCAACAUGAAAUGCACGACGAAAGGAACUUCACAGUUCAACCUUCCUUGAACGGUACGAGUGACAGCAAAAUUUGCAGCAAUGGGUCGGAUACGAACCUUCGACAUCGUGGUCGACGCUAACGGAGUGGCCGAGGUGAGGGGCGUGCCCAUCUACAGACCCGGCGGUCAUGUGACGGGGGUCGUCCAUCUUGCCCUCAAUACACCACGAGAGGACAUAGGAGAAAUUUCUAUCAAGCUUCAAGGCCGAGCCAAGACGAACUGGUCCGAAGUCGUGCGAUCGGGAAGAAGUGUCAUCGGCGAUCAGCCAGUGACGUAUACGGGAACAGAAACGUACAUCGACGAAAAGAUAUCACUGUGGAAACAAACCCAUUCGCACCAGAGGUUGAACCGAGGACCCUUUCAGUUCCCGUUCCAGUUCCAGAUACCCAAUGAGAACCUACCAACUGCCUAUGAGGGGACCAGCGGCAGCGUCCUGUACAAUCUCAAGUGCGAGAUUAGCGGCGAGUCCUCGCUUUCUUACGCCAAGACCAUCAAGACAAUCGGCAUUGCUGGCCGACCGCUGGACUUGAAUUCUGUACCGAGUGCGAUGCUUCCCAUCCACGGCGAGUCCGAGACUCUCAUGAGCUCACUCUGCUGCAUCACCGGGUCCAUCAAGGUCAUAGCCUCGGCGGACAAACGGGCUUACAUCCCUGGCGAGACGGCCUACAUCACGGCCAUCAUCCAUGGAUCCAGCGGGACCAGAUAUGAGGUCGAUCUUAAGCUCGUCGAGGAGGCCACUUUCCGGGGCACGGGAUCCGUCUUCACAUCUCCCGGAGUCAGUGUGGCACGCCCUGGUUCCUGUCAGCGAUCGCGAGUCGUCUUUCGCAAAAAGACAAGCGGGGUGCUCCAAAGACAGGGCCAGACAACGAUUCAGAGAGAACCUCUGAUCAUUCCGGACUUCAAACCCCUCGUCGACAGUGGCUUCCAGGGGUGUAGUAUCAUUGACGUCAACUACUUCAUAAGUAUCAAUCCCAUUCUGAGCCGUCUACGUCAAACACCUGACACCGAGAUUCAGCUGCCUGUCACUAUAGGGCGUGUUCCAUUCACGGCCCUCCCAUCGUACCAUGCAUCGUCCUCUCACAUGUCCCAUCCUGCUGAACCACCUCCAAGCUACGAGACAGCAACGUCGUACCGCCAUAACACCCCACAACAGCCCAACAUCACUGCGUUUGUGAACCAAGCAUAUUCUCCAGUUGCAGACGAUACCACGCCCUCUACACCACGUGAUCAAAGUGGUCUAACCGUCGAGCUUCCGCCUAUCGCGUCGUCGUCACGCAGUGAAGUCCGAGCCAAUCAGAGCGAGACCCAGCAGUCUGAAGACCAGCACGACGGCAGACCAACCCCUCCACGCCCGCCUCCAGUUAUCCCUCCUCCUGGAUAUCGCUCGAAAGCUGGAACUGGCAUCCGUGGAAUUGUUAACCCCACGUUCUCGGGGGAAUCGAGGAAUGAAGAAGAUGCUUCUGAUCAAGAAAAAGGAGGAGAGGCGACAUCCGUGGAAAGGUCCCCAUCAGAUGCAAGCAGACAGCAGGAGCGAGACAGUAUUGUCCAACUUGAAGGUGCCGUCCUUCAUUCACCGCUGCCACCACCGCCCUCGUUCUCGUCUGCCACAGAGGACGCUUCUAAAGAGAGUCCCGUAAACACAAUUCGAGAUUCGCAACAAGAUAAUUUGAGAAGACCCAACCAAGACGAAAGGCGAGACCGGGCACUGUCUCAAGAUAGUUUGACAGUCCCGUACUUCCUUCCAGCGUACGAGAGGCAGUUACUCGGUCGUGUCACAUCGGAAGAAAAUAUCGAGGAAGAAGCAGAGCCAGUAGGGGUAAGGUUGCAUUCUUUCUUCCUUCCGAUUUCCCAAGAGUCGGAUUUAGAUUUAGACUCCCUUGUCGACCCAACAGAGGUGGCAAGCAUAGACAGGCUACCGCCUCCAUCGCCUUGGAAGGAUGAACAGCCUAGUUUGUCAGUUUUUCAAACUCCCAAUGAUGAUGUUCCCAGCGCUCCUGAAGAAAGUGACAAAGUGCCUAUUUUAGAAGAAGCAACGACAACUUCAGUUUCCGAAACUCAGAUGUCAGUUCUGCAAGCUAUUAAGACCGACGCUUGGGAGGAGAAUACCUCCGAGAAAGAUGACGAAGAUGACGAUUCUGACAAGAUAACAAUUCCUGAUGUUUCUGAGGUUGGAGACUCCAAACCGUCUGAAACAUCGUUCGUGCCAUUUCACUCACCUGAAAAGAGCACGACAUCUACCCGAAACCAAGACCUAAAUCAUGCUGGAUCAUCCUCUGAUUUUGCCAAUGUACCAUUCCCUGAAUCCAGAGAAACUUCACCUGCAAAGGCCAGGCGCUCCGGAGAAUCCCUCCAAAGAUCCGAUAGACCUACUCGCCUCGAACUACAUUCUACAAACCUCAACAAGCAGUGGCCUGACGGUAGUCCUGUGUCACCUUCGAACGAAUCACUAUUUGGGAAUGUCCGAAUCGUGCACGACACUUCACGGCAGCAUUCGAGGACGCCGUCUCCUUAUUUCCACCCGGAUGACGGUAGAAGAGAUCGAGAUGAUGCGUCUUCCGUCUCCAGCUUCGGUUCUUAUACUCCAUCUGCUCACACCCCGAAGGAGAGGAGACGAAGCGAUCGCGACGAAGAUCACAGCCGUGCCAAGUCCUCCGAUCACAUCGGGGGACGGGAGAUCAGCACGUUACCCAGGAGCAAGUCGUCCAGCGGUGGGUUGAGGGAAUCUGCCCUUGGGAGUCUCGACAGACGAAAGCGAGUCCUGAAGUACUCGACGUCACAUCCUACUCCAAACCAAGAUGCGAGAGGAAACCCUUCUGAUCGCCGACAUGGUUCCAGAACAAUGGACUCGCAUUCGACAACACGCAUUCAUAAGGCUCCAGUACCACUGGAUGGUGAUCCUAAUCAGUCGAGAAACCAAGCAGAUAUGAGUUGGCACCCUUCGAACAGGACACAGCUUUCCUCACAUGCAUCACAAGAUACGCUUCCUCCAUCAACAUCACCGAGUCGUCCUUCUCAUGUUAUCAUAUCUGAUGCGUCACAGGCCCACCAUAAUUUAGCCAGGAGUCGAGAAGACAGUACCAAGAAACGCUCCUCCUACACUUCCGCCAUUGAAAACCAGCGAGAUACAGAGUGGCAACAAAUUGCAUCAUCGGCACCCUCCUCAAGACGAUAUCACACCGAGAAAGUUGCAAGAGAGGAAAGACCAAAGAAGAUGAAGCCAUGUCUGGCUUAUCAUCACCUUGAACAUGUCGAAGACGCUGAAGACGAAUUUGGGUCAGACAAACACAGACUCGAGACUUUUGUUUGAGACCAAAUUAAACUUUCACCACGCAGGAACCAAAUAAUCAAUUGGUCAGUUAGCACUGUAAACGUUU